GGCGGCUCCUGCAGGGAAAUACUCAAAACACAGCGAAUAUGGCCGCUGCAGUCAGGAUGAGGACGUGGAGCUGUCCGACCACAGGAGUUUUCUGUCCAUGGGCGCUGUUUUUUGUAAUUUUACUCCAUACUGUAAAUGAAGCUGCUGCAGCGCCGGAGCCAGGCGUUUGGAAAAUCACAAUUGUUAAUACCUCAAGACCACUGCUGUUAAGGAAAUCUAUGUAUAAAGACACUGAUAUUGAAUUAAACGUUGUGUCUUUUGGCUGUCCUGAGAUGGUGACCUUCACUGUUCAGUGGUUAUUAAAAUACUACCCCUGUCACAAUGAAUUCAACAACAUUGAAGAAAUGUAUGAAAAAACACCUUUGAGCCAUGCGGACAGCCUGGAUCCAAAUCCUCUCGGACAAGGAGAGUACAUCGAACACAUGCACAGUCCCAUAAUGUGUACUAAUGCACUGCGCUCCUUACCAAUGCUCAGAAAAGCCAAGGCUGACCCGCAUCUCAGUCCUGCUGAGAAUGAAGUGCAAGAUGAAAAUCACAGUAAAUGGAUUACUGAAGAGUAUGAAAGCAGCAGCACCACAAAGAACAGCAGCAAGAAUCUUAGAGACAAUAUCAUAGCUACCACAUGGAAGGACGGUCCCUACCUGCUGGUUGUUAAAAUUGUAUCCAAUAAGCAGGAUGCAAAUUGGAAUUUAACAGUUAAUGUGGUGAUGAAAGGCAGCCACGGCUACAUUUCCAUCACAGAAUGGCCUCUCAUGAUUUUCUACAUGGUAAUGUGCAUAGUGUACAUCCUGUACGCCCUGCUGUGGUUUCUCUGGGCAGCCUGCUACUGGAAAGAUCUGCUGAGGAUCCAGUUCUGGAUAGCAGGGGUCAUAUUCCUGGGAAUGGUAGAGAAGGCCGUCUUCUGUGCCGAAUAUGAAAACACCAAUGCUGUCGGCUCUGCUUCUCCAAGCUUGUUGAUCUUUGCCGAGUUGAUCUCUGCCCUCAAGAGGACUUUGGCUCGGCUACUUGUCAUCAUCGUCAGCCUCGGCUAUGGCAUUGUAAAGCCUCGACUGGGGACUGUGAUGCACAGAGUUGUUGGACUUGGUAUCCUCUAUUUUGCCUUUGCCAGCAUUGAGGGUGUCCUGAGGAUCACAGGGGGUCGAGACAAUGGCCCUGCUCUCAUUACAGCAAUUGUUCUGGCUGUGUUUGACUCCUGCGCCAUCUGGUUCAUCUUUGUCAGCCUCGCACAAACCAUAAAGACUCUGAAGCUGAGGAGAAACCCUGUCAAGUUGUCUCUUUACAGGCACUUUACAAACACACUGAUAUUCGCUGUCAUUGCUUCCAUCAUUUUCAUGGGUUGGACAGCAAAAAAGUUUCGACUAGCAAAUUGCCAGUCUGAUUGGAUUGAGCUGUGGGUAGAAGAUGCUUUCUGGAGGUUCUUGUUCUCUGCCAUUCUGCUCGUCAUCAUGUUUUUAUGGAGACCAUCUGCAAACAACCAAAGGUAUGCUUUUACACCUCUCAUUGAUGACUCUGACGACGAGGAGAUAGAAGAGUUCAUCGCCUCUCCAAAUCUUGCUGACGGUAUAAAGUUGAGAGCAGCUAAAAGUGAGACGAAUGGUACAGUGAAGCCCCCAGAAACAAACCCAGAUGAGGACUUGAAAUGGGUGGAGGAUAACAUUCCUAGCUCUCUUACUGAUGUAGCUCUACCAGUCCUACUCGACUCAGAUGAGGAAAUCAUGACGACCAAGUAUGAGAUGUCAAAGCUGGAGUGAGGCAAAAUGUUUCCAGCCAUCUGCAGACAUGGAGGGAGAACACAGCAGCUGCCUCUGACUGAAGUUUUUCUCCAGGAUUUCCAGUCAGGUGGUGGUGGUGGUGGUGGUGGAGUGACUUUUUGUUUUUCAGGGGAUCCUUCUGAAUGGCUGCUAGUUCAGAGUGGUGCGGGCCACAGUUUCAGGGGGACUUCUGCUAAUUUCCCCUUAACUUCUUAAGGACUCUACCAGAGGAAAACUGUCUUUUCACUGACCAACAGCUUCACUCUUUCCAUGUUCCGAUCAGUUUUGAGCCUAUCUUUCCAAAGAGAAUGUUUCACUUUAUAUGAAGUGCUGUAUUUAUUUCUAUUCUGUUUCUAUGAAUUUAUAUUAUCAGAGAAUUUAACAGUGGGCCUCAUGCAUGAACAUACUCUCAAAUAUAUGUCAAAUGUCUUUUGAGAAAAUCUAGAUAUUAUUGGUGGGUCGUAUUAUAAGUAAGGUAAUUAUAUAUGUUUGGAAGAAUAAUUAAAAGGCAUUUUCCUGAGAUAGUUAAUUGAAUAUAAUUUAUCUCUGUUAUUUCUGCAGCCAGAGGACAGACAGAAUUCGGCCAUAGUGUGUGUGAUUGAUUCAUUUCAAUCGGGAUCUUUCUUUAUUUAGAAUUGUGAUGUUCGCAGAAGUUGAAGAAUUCAGUAAACACUAUGCUUUUUUUUUUUUUUUUUUUUAAGUGAGUGUCUGAAACACAUUGUUUUGUUACCAGCAUUCAAAUCUGAGAAUAACUUUAUAAAUUCAAACACUACCUUUGAAUAGAACAUUUGCUCUUAUGCACUUUCAAGAUCAAAGCUGUGCCUACAUGUAGUUCCUGUAUGAGGCCUAAUCUGUUCAGGUAAUUGAGAACAAUAUGUACGAGAGAGUCGUUCAUGUCUCAGAUUGACACUACACAACAUCUGCAGUAUUGGUGAAUGAGUGUGAGAGCGGCAAAGCACAAACAAGUCAUUUGUACAAUUUGAAUUGAAAUGUAACCGAGUUAGGUCAGUCGUGUAGAAAUAGUUUGCAGUCAUGUUGUGAAUCUACUGUAUGGGUGUGGGUGGGCAGGUUUAGCGUCUUCUGAAAUAAGGAUGCUGUAUGUAUGUUAAUAGGGAGGUAAGUCAUUAUUUAUUUGUUUCAAGUGUACUUAUAAACUGUUCAUUUGUAUGUCUACCCAUGUUUACUCUAAGUAUGUUUACGUGUGCUGCUUCCAUUUUUUAAAAAUAAUUUGGACUAUACUAACUGCAAACUGCAGCUUGUUUUUUAUUUCCUUGCAGUAUUUGCUUUUAUUGUUGAUUAAAUCGUUGCAUUGGUUUCACAGACACCUUAAUAAUGUUUGUCUUCUUUCAAGUGAGUCUUGAUAUGUUUCUUUUUUAUUAUUUCAAAAGUGGCUGGCCUGUUUGUGUCAGUGCAGUUUUGGGUUUGGAACACUGUUGUCGUCAUGUGUGCAUUGUAAGGACUUGUAAUUUUGUCUCUCCAGGCCAUCCAAUAUUAUAACACUAGAUGAGUUGUGUGUUUAGCACAAGCUGAUCGCUUUAAUGAGUUCAUAAUGUCACUUUUUUUUCAUUGGCUGGAAACAUGGAAUAAUUGUGCUUUUGAUGGCAAGCUGUCCUUCUGUUAUAUAAAACUGCAGACACCUGCAGUGGACUUGAGUUGUUUGUACAGAUGGGUUUUGUCUGAUUCCUGUUAUUUCGUAAUUCACAGGUGGAGAGGUGUCUGGAUAAUAUGACUUGUCUGUUUUUUUAAUGGGUGUCAUGAAGAGCUGGGCUUGAACUUUUCAUACCAGUGAUGUUCUUCUCUCUUCCUUCUUGAGAAGUGUGUACGCUCAGAUUAAAUAUUAUUUGAAAUCAGGGCAAUGUUUGUUUCCUGAUCUGUGAUUUUCAGUAUUAAUUUGGCAAUAAAAAAAACAUAUUUUA